UGGAGAAGUGAAUGAAUGAAUGGACUUCAGAGAGAUGCAAAAAUUAAGAAAGAAGUGGAGCAAAGGCCACAGUCAUCACAGUGCGUUUCAUUGAUUAGUCUUUGCGACUUCCCAUCCCCACGCCCUCAAAUCAACGAUUUACGACUACGCCGUUUUGCAUAUUGCCGUUACAAUACUAUCCCGAAAAUGCUACAGAGCACCGGGAAACUUGCAGGUCGCACUCUUUUCAUCACCGGAGCCAGUCGUGGCAUUGGUAAAGCAAUUGCUUUGAAGGUAGCUAAAGAUGGUGCCAAUAUUGUAAUUGCUGCUAAAACUGCAGAAGUUCACCCCAAAUUACCAGGCACAAUAUAUACAGCAGCAGAGGAAAUUGAAGCUGUUGGAGGCAAGGCUUUACCAUGCCUGGUAGAUGUGCGAGAUGAGCAGCAAAUCAGUGAGGCAGUCCAGAAUGCAGUGAAGACCUUUGGAGGCAUAGAUAUUUUGAUAAAUAAUGCAAGUGCCAUAAACCUGACUGGUACACUGGACACGCCAAUGAAGAAAGUGGACCUUAUGAUGAGUGUCAACAGCAGGGGUACCUACCUAACGUCCAAGUUGUGCAUUCCUUACUUGAAAAAGAGUGAAAUUGGGCAUAUCCUGAACUUGAGUCCUCCUCUCAACAUGAACCCGAUAUGGUUCAAGAAUCACUGUGCAUAUACUAUGGCUAAAUACGGGAUGUCGAUGUGUGUUCUGGGUAUGGCCGAGGAAUUCAAGGGAGAAAUUGCAGUUAAUGCAUUGUGGCCAAAAACUGCAAUUCAAACAUCUGCGAUGGACAUGCUGGGAGGACCCGGUGUAAGCAGACAGUGUAGGAAGCCUGAGAUAAUAGCUGAUGCUGCCUAUGCCAUUUUCUGCAGGCCAAAGUCAUUCACUGGGAACUUUAUAAUCGAUGAAGAAUUUCUUAAAGGAGAAGGAAUAAGUGACUUUGAUGUCUACGCAGUUGAACCAGGCCAUCCACUAUUACCUGAUUUCUUUUUGGAAGAGGAUCCCGAAAGCCUGACCAAGAAGAUGCAAGACUAUGGUGGAACUCCUGCAUUUGAAGCUGGAAAGCAGCAAGUUUCAGCGGCAUCUGAAGGACCUGUUGCUGACACUUUCAAGACUAUCGAGGGGGCACUCACUGCUGAUGUGGUGAAAUCCACAGGAGGGGUUUAUCAGUUUGAAUUGUCUGGUGAUCACCCAGGAACCUGGUACAUUGAUUUGAAGAAUGAAAGUGGCUCCACUGGGAAAGGAAGCUUCCCAGGAAAGGCAGAUGUACAGAUGAGCAUGAACAGUGAGGACUUUGUGAAAGUGUUUUCAGGUAAAAUGAAACCAACUCUGGCGUUCAUGUCUGGCAGGCUGAAGAUAAAAGGGGACAUGGCUCUUGCCAUCAAACUGGAAAACCUGAUGACCCAGCUCAAGUCCAAACUUUAACCUCUGACCAACACAGCUGUCAGUUUCCUCACUUAUCAGUGCACAAUGUUGAUUUAUUACUUCCUGACUGAACAUAACUACUUGCCCAGUUAAUUUCACUUUGCAUACAUUUGACACCAAAAUUUUGCCUUUAAAUUGUAUUUUUACGAUAAAAUGGGGAAAUUGGAAUUUCUAAACGAAUUUGUUCUUAGUUACUGAAGCAAUCUCAAUUGAGUGUUUUAAUUAACUGAAUAUAACUUGUCCUUGUAUCUGAUUAUUACGUAGGUUGGCAGGAAUGUUCAGAGAUGACGUUAAAUGAUUGUGGUUGUUUAAAUUGGAUGCAUGCUUUUGUUAAUCUGGUCAAUAGGUUUGAGCUCAUUGCUACUUUGGUAAUUUGAAGAGGACCUCUAAUGUAUUUUUUUUAAUAAACUCAUUUUCCCCUUCCA